GUUUAGGCCCUGUCCGAGGAAGAAAUUUCUUAUCACCCCAUUUUGAUUGAUAUUCGAUACCCUUCGCUCGAUCCCAACUCCCCAGACUUCAUAAUUUGCAGCAGGUUUCCAAUUUUCGACAGGGUGACCCUGACCUCCUCCUUCACUUUCUUCAGCUUCAAGCAACAACAAGCUCUUAUGAUUAUUUAUCAAUCGUAUAUAUAAACUAACGGUUAAUAGGGAGAGGGGAAGGAAUGGGAGAAGGGAAAGAAGGGGAUUGGGAGUGCAGCGGAUGCAAAAACAGGAACUACGCCUUUAGAUCUUUCUGUAACAGAUGCAAGCAGCCUCGGCUUCUUGUUGACACCAAAACCCCUGCUGAUUCCAAAUGGCUCCCGCGUAUUGGUGAUUGGAUCUGCACUGCUUGCACUAACAACAAUUAUGCAUCAAGAGAAAAGUGCAAAAAGUGCGGGCAAUCGAAGGAUAUUGCAGCGAUGCCAGCAAUUGCAAUGGCCGGAGCUUCUCUCCCCACUUAUUCACAUUAUUUUACCAGGGCCCGAGGUAUACUGGAACAAAAGGUGAAUGUUGGAUUUGUCGGCAGUGGUGCUCCCCAGCAGUUGCUUCCUUUGAGUUCCAACUGGCAUUUAGGUGGUGCUGAUAAUUAUGGACUUCAAUCAGCAUCCACAUGGCCUUUAGGUGGAAACCAAACUCCUGGGGUUCCAUAUGCCAGUCCUGGUAAUCAACCACUAUCCGUUCCAAGGGGAUGGAGAAAUGGUGACUGGAUUUGCAACUGUGGCUUCCAUAACUACUCUUCUCGUUCACAGUGCAAAAAUUGCAAUGCAUCCAUACCACCAGCACUUGGAACUAAGCGAUUAGCAUCUGAAGAAUCCUUACAUGAUUGGGAUCAUAAAAGAUUGAAUUCAGGACACGGUCCUGGAUUUAACCAAAUAGUAGGAGCCACAAGUGACUCAAAACCUGGAGCAUAUCCUUCCUAUCCCAGUCUAAACCCUGUUGUCGCUUCAAAUUGGCCAGGGCCCGUGUCAUUCCCUCAAGCUGCAACAACAACCCUUCUUGGGAAAGGAGCAAAGCAAUGGCGUAGUGGAGAUUGGAUGUGUGCAAAAUGCAACAAUCACAAUUAUGCCUCUCGAGCUCAAUGCAAUAGGUGUAAGACUCAGAGAGAGACCGUGACCCAGCCGAUAAAUGCUGCAUUGUCACCAUUUACUGCCGGUUUUGAUUCAUGAAGAUUUCUCCAGUACAUUGCUCAGGUUUCUUUUGUUUUUCUCUCUCCCCUUAUUUUCAAGUACAACAAAAAACAAAAGCUAUCUAGUUUUGGUUUCCAUUAGUUAUGAUAGCCAUUAUGAGUUUUGAAUUGAGAAUGGAGGAGAGCUUUAUAUACAACUUUUGUACAAUUAUAAAUUGUAUAAUUUGACUGGUAUUUCUUGUAUAAAUGAUUGAAAACCUUGUGCAUUGU